CAAACCCAAAUAAACCCUCUCAAAGAACAUCUCCAUCCAUAUAUAAUCCACCCCAAAGCUCAUCACACCACCAAACCAGCACAUAUAACAUAUGGCUAGCCCUCCUCCUUCCAUGUCCUCAAUUUUCCUCAUCAUUCCCAUUUUAGCCCUGUCCUUAUUGCUACCCCACAACGCCAUCGGCCAGACAUGCAACCCCAAGGAAAGAGAUGUCCUCCUGAAAAUCAAAGCCCACUUCAAGAACCCACCCUCCCUAUCCUCGUGGAACCCCAACACCUCUGACUGUUCUUUGUGGGAUGGCAUUGGCGUUGACGACCAAGGCCAUGUCACCAGGCUUCGGAUCAACAACGCCAAUGACAUCGUGGGCCCCAUCCCGUCUUUCGUCGACGGGCUCCCCUUUCUCAAGACCCUCGACUUCAGUGGCGUUCCCAACUUGUCGGGCUCCAUCCCCGUGUCCAUCGGCAACUUUAGAAACCUCACGAGCCUUAGCAUUUCCGAGUCGAAAGUCACCGGGCCCAUACCUUUGGCCUCCGUAGGCCGGCUCACGACGCUGGACAUGCUCGAUCUCCGGUCCAAUCGCCUCAACGGCUCCAUCCCUUCGGACUUCUCCCGGCUAACCCAGCUCAGCUACUUCAACCUGAACUCCAACCUGCUGUCCGGGCCGAUCCCGGAUUUCAUAGGACGCAAGCUCACCAAACUAAACUACAUCGGGCUCGAGUCCAACCAACUGUCCGGGCCGAUCCCGGCUUCCUUCAGCAUGCUGCCCGUUCUCACAACGCUCCAUCUCUCCCAAAACCAAUUGGUGGGGCCGAUCCCGGACCCUCUGGGGAAGGUCGACGUCAUGUCGUCGGUCGACAUCUCGCACAACGCGAUCGCCGGAGACGCGUCGUUUUUGUUCGGCAAGAAGUACACGGGGCUGUCCUUUCUGUACGUGAACGACAACAUGUUGAAGUUCGACUUCUCGAAUGUGGAGUUGACGCCGACGCUGGCGAUAUUCAACGUGAGCCACAACAUGAUAUAUGGGUCUCUUCCGAGGCGGUUUGGGCAGAUGAAACCGGACAUUAACUACGUCGACGUGAGUUUCAAUCAGCUCUGCGGCCCGAUUCCGAACGGCAGGCGCUUCAAGACGGCGGAUCCGGCCAUCUUUGCGCACAACAAAUGUCUCUGUGGUGGCCCUUUACCUGCUUGUAAAUAAGAAAAAUACUAGGAUACACCUUUCCAGAAUUUACCUAAAUAGCAAUAAAACAUAAUGACUUUCUCUAAAUAGCACUACAUAUGUUUUUCUUUCCAAUGUGGCACUUUUAGUCAUUAUGCAUUAGUCAUUAUUCAAGCAAAAUUUCGCCAUCACUGGACAUUAU